CGCAUUCGUCCACGCGCGCACACGGACGGACGAGUGUUCAUCAACUUCUUCGCGGAGGCGCGCGAUCAACUCCACAACACGUACACACACAUACACACACACACACACACACACACACGCGCGUGUGUGUAUACAUAAGCGUAUUCUCCCAGCAGCAGCAGUAGCAAUAGCAGCAGCAGCAGUAGCAGCCGCCGCCGCCGCCGCCGUCGACAAUAACGUCCCGUCGAUCACGCUCGCCGGUCGUCCACAGAACAAUCAAAUACUAUAUCUGCCACCGCCGCGCGUGUGUGUGCGUGUGCUCAUCGCCGCCGCCGCCGCCGUCGUCGUAGUCGCAGUCGUCUCGCCGGACUUUACUCGCUCGACGCCAUCCCACCACUACACAUCAUCAUCCGUUACCACUACCGCCACACAAUCGUCGCCGCUAAAACAACCACCACAACCGCCGCCGUCGUCGUCGCCGCCGCCGCCACCACCGUUACCUCCACCACCAAUUCCACACCGCAACCACCGCCGUCGCCACUACUACCGCCACAUUAGAUAUCCUCCACUGCCGUGUAAUAACCGUCAUCAUCACCGCCGCCUGUACCUAUCCUCUCUCGAGUACCCGUUGGAUGGCUAGCGACCGCCAAACGUAACGGCAGCCGAAAUUCUUGUUCCCGUCAGACCACUGUAGAGGAUAGUACUACGCGACUCAUCCGGUACCAGGUCAUUUAGAAUAAGACUGCUGCCGUCGCUGCCUCCAUCACCGCCAUCACCGUCACGAGAACCACCUGCACAACCACCGACACCGGAACCGCUAUCACUCGGUAGAUCAACUACUGCAGCAUCAUUUAGCGUACACGCAAACAGCGGGCGCUUACAAAUCGACAGUCAAUCAAAGUAACUCGAAUAAUCAAGGAUUACAGGGAUUUCAACAAAAGGACCAAAUGGACGCCAAAUCGAAAGAUGACUCCAAUAUCAGCCUUACACUUCGUCUAAUAAUGCAAGGAAAGGAAGUUGGUAGUAUAAUAGGAAAAAAAGGAGAAAUUGUCAAGCGGUUCAGAGAGGAGUCUGGUGCCAAAAUCAAUAUAUCUGAUGGCUCUUGUCCAGAAAGAAUAGUUACCAUAUCAGGAUCUACUGAAGCUAUCUACAAAGCAUUCUCUUUAAUAUGCACUAAAGUUGAAGAGUUUAUUGAAAUGCAAAAUGGCAAAACUGGUGCAACAGCGAUCGGAAAAUGCGGUAUGACCCUUCGGCUGAUUGUUCCAGCAUCACAGUGUGGAUCUUUAAUUGGGAAGGGUGGUAAUAAAAUCAAAGAAAUUAGGGAAGCUACAGGAGCACAGAUACAAGUAGCUUCAGAUGUACUUCCUCAAUCUACAGAGAGAGCGGUUACAUUAACUGGUACAAGGGACUCAAUAACGCAAUGUAUAUUUCACAUUUGUGCAGUUAUGGUGGAAUCACCUCCCAAAGGCGUUACAAUACCGUAUCGUGCUAAACCUCAGAUGGGUGCACCAGUCAUUCUAGCUGGAGGACAAGCAUUUACUUUAGCAAGUGCAGGAUCCGCGGGAGGUUGUGAUGUAGGCACCAUGAUGGUAGGUGGUGGCCCGUAUAACGCCCCAAUGCUUAUGGUUCCUCCAUCACCUGGUGCAGCAGCAAGUCUAGGCUUAAUUGAUCCACUGGACUACCCCCUGCUUAAAAAUGCGUUUGGGCCUUCACAAUUGGGGAAAUUGACUGGAAAUCCGUUAGCUGGUCUUGCGGCACUUGGACUUGGAAGCUUGGGAGGACCUGCAAAUUCAUUUAAUCCAGCUGCAUUAGCGGCAUUAGCUGGUAGCCAGUUGAGAUCUAAUGGUUCUGGAGCCAAUAUUAACAGUAGAUCUGGAAGCAGUCAACAAACUCAUGAAAUGACUGUACCGAAUGACUUAAUUGGGUGCAUUAUUGGCAAAGGAGGUACUAAAAUCGCUGAAAUUAGGCAAAUCAGUGGAGCAAUGAUACGGAUCUCAAACUGUGAAGACCGUGAAGGAAGUGCCAGCACAGAUAGGACCAUAACGAUAACUGGAAAUCCUGACUCAGUGGCUUUAGCUCAGUACUUAAUCAAUAUGAGCUUGGAAAUACAGCGCGCAUCAAUGUUGCAAUCGGAAAUCCAACACCACCAUCACCAUCACCUCCUUCACCACCAACAACAUCACCAGCAACAACAACAGCAACAACAGCAGCAGCAACAACAACAGCAGCAACAACAGCAGCAACAGCAACAGCUAAUAUUGCCACCGCACCAGUACCCGUUCCCUGUUCACCAUAUGCUCGUUACAUGCAACACCACGAACACCACCACCACCUCGGCCACGAAUGUUCACCAGACCGCCAACCCAUUGCCAGCUACCCACCCGCACCACCAACAGCAGUACACGACCGCCGCUGACAUAUUACCCGUCCAGCACCAUUUCCACGGUCCCGCGGUAGCCGCACUGCUAUCCCCUCAGCCGACCGUCGCCAAACACAAAACAGAUCGCAUCAAGUUCACCCCGUACUGAUGUUAUGAUAUUAAAAAAUAAUAAACAAAAAAACCUAAUAAUAAAUCGUAACAAUAUAAUAUAGUAACUACUACCACCUGGGUGGUAACUUAACCAACCACAACUACCGUCGAAAGACUGUACCUAUACGAUAAUUUGGCCCUUAUUACACAUGGACCGAUCGGCGCCCACUGCAACCCACUACACACUAAAAAAAAAAAAAACG